GCCCCGCCCACCGCCGAGAGGGAAGUCUGGGUUGCCAGGGCGACGGCGAAGCGGUUUCCGGUCUGGGGGCGAGAGGAAGAAGGGCGGCGCGGGAGGCCAUGGUGCCCAGCAAGUGCCGGCCCUCCCUGGGGAGCAGGCCCGGGCACGGCCUGGCGCUUGAGUUCAGGUUAAACAAAGAUCAGCCGUAUCUUCACAACAGGUUCUUGCAGCAUGAUCAUGAGAAGAACUAUGCGGGGAAACUAGGCGAUGGAAGGUUAAGCCCAUUGUCGCGGAAUAAAAAGCUGUAUGUUCCCGUAUCGGCCAAUUAUGCCGAUAUCCCCAACCUUGAGAUGAAAUGUGGUUCGGGACCCUUCUCAGCAUUUGGCGACUGCUCUUCUCCUUCCCCUUCGAAAUACAAAAUCCAGCAGAGCUGCCAUAGCCCAAGUGCAAAUAUCUCAGAGAAUAUCAGUUAUGGGAACACUGCUUUUCCCCUGGUGAAUCGGACCGCAGAGGAGAAAAUGCAGCACUCGGAUCGGUUAACCCUUGAAAGGCAGAAGCUGACCGUUUGCCCCAUUAUUGACGGAGAGGAGCACCUCCGCCUCCUGAGCUUCCAGCACAACUGCAUCACUCGAAUCCAGAACAUUUCCAACCUGCAGCAUCUGAUCUUCUUGGAUUUGUAUGAUAACCAGAUAGAGGAAAUCAGCGGCCUUUCCACCCUAAGGUUGCUUCGGGUCCUUUUAUUGGGAAAUAACAGAAUAAGGAGAAUAUCAAACCUGGAUAAUCUUCUCAGCCUUGAUGUCUUGGACCUCCAUGGAAAUCAGAUUUCUGUUGUCGAAAAUCUCAGCCACUUGAAUAGUCUCCGAGUGCUGAAUCUUGCCCGGAACUGCUUAACAUACGUUGAGAACCUCAGUGGACUGGAUUCCUUAAUGGAACUGAAUCUUCGAUACAAUCAGAUCAGAUUGGUGAAAGAUGUGGACACUUUGCCCUCCCUGCAGCGCUUGUUCCUCAGCUUUAACGAUAUCUCUCGUUUCGAUGACGUUCUGUGUCUCGCCGACUCCACGUCCCUUUCCGAGAUCACCUUAGAUGGCAACCCCAUAGCGCAGGAGACAUGGUACAAGCCAACCGUUCUCCACCAUAUGAUGCAGCUCCGACAGCUAGAUAUGAAGAAAAUCACGGAAGAAGAAAGGCGCAUGGCAUCGGCUGCGCUCAGGAGAGAGGAAGAGAAGAGGCGCGAGAGCCACAAGCAGACUUUACUCAAGGAGAAGAAACGCUUGACCAUUAGCAACAUUGCGCGCCUGUGGGAGACCCAGCAGAACCGCUUUGCUGCGCUGCCUUCCGACGAAGCGAAGGACGAAGACACUGAUCUCUGCCAGAAAACAAGAAAUGCAGCGUAUGGAUUCCCCGAGGAAGCCAGGUCCCUGGAUUCCCUCUUGGGCAAAGCCACGCAAGGCCUUGCGGUCCUGGACUCUCAUUUGGUGGAAAUCGACGGCGAGGCGCUCUACCUGUACGGCUCGGGGGCGCUGGAGUCCCUGGACCGGAACUGGAGCAUCCAGACGGCCAGCAGCAUCGCCAGCAUCUCUUUCGUUUUCAUAGACUUUGACGAAAUCGUUCCCGUGCUGCCAAAACUGAAGAUCAAGUUUCCUAACUUUGUGCACUUGAAAUUCAAGGAGACCAACCUGGUCAUGUUGCAGCAGUUCAACGCCUUGGCCCAGGUUCGCCGCCUGGAGCAGCUGACGGUGGACGCGGAGGGGAACCCCAUCGUCACCUUCACCCUCUGGAAGUUUUACGUCCUCUUCCGGCUGAGCCAUUUCAACCUGCAGAAGAUAAAUGGCAUGGAGGUCACGCAGAACGACAUGGUGAUGGCCGAGCGACUCUUUGGCAUCUUGGCCUACAUCGCUUCCUCAGACGUGCCCUAUUGCCGCCUGCUUUCGUUACUUGGAGACAGCAGGAAGAAACAUUUGUGUUACCUUUUGGAGGCAAAGGGGAGGAAACUGGGAAACGUGGGCGAAGAUGGCAACGACCAGCGAAAACUCGGAGGAGAAAACGCCAGCCGCUUGACUCUGAAUUACACCACGAAGGAGUCCCAGGUGGAGAAACUAGAGGAAACGAAGGACAGGAGGAACUUCUGCCAGAGCUACAUCCAAGAUCUGGUGAAGGAGGCCACGGACAUCAGCAUGAAAAACGAGUCCUUCCAGAAACUCUGGCCUCAGAUGUUCAUCGAACUCGUCCGGGACGCCGUGAUCGAGAUACGCAACAAGGAUUCCUACAUGAAGCUCUGCCUCCAGCGCGUUGUGGGCCAGAAAUCGUAGAAGGCGCAGGUUUCCUCUCCUUGGAUAACACACUGACUGGGCGGUUAAAAUGUCACCCUUGGGCACUUAAAACCUGUAGAGAUUGGCACAGAGAGACCUCCUCCUCACAGUAAAAUAUUCCCUUUUUUUGGAGAUGAGAACUCGUUCCCCUCCUUGUACGCAUCGACACCGUGCGCCAAUAUCUCGGCACCUUUCCUGGGCUUCACCGAAUCCUAAAUUCUCUGCUUUUUCCGUGCUGGGACACCAGUCUUAAGGGAAGCACCUCUUUCGGGUGCUCAGCCUUUCAGGGUUUUCCCCUCCUGCCUUGACACUCUGCUGCUGUGGAAUAUCACUGGGUUUUGGGGACUGGGGAUUUAAUAAAUUAUUCUGUUUAUAACUUCAAAAA